GGGACUCGGCCAGGCUGCACGCUGAAAACACGGAGAGAGGGCGACGGAGAGGGGGGACCGGAGACGGAGGGAGAGCAGAGGACGCUACGCGGAGAGGCAGCGCUUAAAAGGACAGGGGAAAAGUGGAGUCGGGGGGGGAAGAGGGGCUGGAAGCAGGCAGUGGGGGAAGGCAGACAGAGAGAGAGAGGGAGAGAGAGAGAAACAAAAGAAGGAGAGAGCAGGGGGGGAAGGGGGCUACUCAAUGGCUACGGAGGAGACGAUCGGGGGAGCCCGCAAGGCGACCAAGAGCAAACUGUUUGAGUUCCUGGUCCAUGGAGUGCGCCCAGGAAUGCCGUCCGGAGCGCGGAUGCCCCAUCAGGGCGCUCCCAUGGGCCCCCCGGGGCCGCCGUACGGCGGGAGCCCCUCGGUCCGGCCCGGCCUCCCCAACCCGGCCAUGGAGCCCGGCCGCAAGCGGCCCGCCCCGACUCAGCAGGCCCAGCAGCAGCAGCAGGUGGUGCAGAACCGGGCCAGAAAGAAACCAGUGGGAUUCCCUGGAGCCAAUGAGAUGGCAGCAAGACAGAUGGACAUGAGAGAUGCCCAAUCAGAUCUUGGAUCCAAUGCCAAGAGAAGGAAAAUGGCAGACAAGAUUCUCCCACAGAGGAUCCGUGAGCUGGUCCCAGAGUCCCAGGCUUACAUGGACCUCCUGGCUUUCGAGAGGAAACUGGACCAAACUAUUAUGAGGAAACGGGUGGACAUUCAGGAGGCUCUGAAGAGACCAAUGAAGCAAAAGCGCAAACUGCGGCUCUACAUCUCUAACACCUUCAACCCCGCCAAACCCGACGCCGAGGAUUCCGACGGCAGCAUUGCGUCGUGGGAGCUGCGGGUAGAGGGGAAACUGCUGGACGACCCUGGCAAACAGAAGAGGAAGUUCUCCUCCUUCUUCAAGAGCCUGGUGAUCGAACUGGACAAGGACCUGUACGGACCCGACAACCACCUGGUUGAGUGUUGCAAGUGGCACCGAACCGCCACCACACAGGAGACCGAUGGCUUCCAGGUGAAGAGGCCGGGAGACGUGAGCGUGCGCUGCACCCUGCUGCUGAUGCUGGACUACCAGCCCCCCCAGUUCAAGCUGGACCCACGUCUGGCCCGCCUGCUGGGCAUCCACACCCAGACGCGCUCGGCCAUCAUCCAGGCCCUCUGGCAGUACAUCAAGACCAACAAGCUGCAGGACGCCCACGACAAGGAGUACAUCAACUGCGACAAGUACUUCCAGCAGAUUUUCGACUGCCCGCGCCUGAAGUUCUCUGAGAUCCCCCAGCGUCUCACCAACCUGCUGCUGCCCCCUGACCCCAUUGUUAUCAACCACGUCAUCAGCGUGGACCCGAAUGACCAGAAGAAGACGGCCUGUUACGACAUCGAUGUAGAAGUGGAGGACCCACUCAAGAGCCAGAUGAGCAGCUUCCUGCUCUCCACAGCCAACCAGCAGGAGAUUGCGUCCCUGGACAACAAGAUCCACGAGACCAUUGAGUCUAUCAACCAGCUCAAGAUCCAGCGGGACUUCAUGCUGAGCUUCUCCAAGGACCCCAAAGGUUACAUCCAGGACUGGCUCAUAUCCCAGACCCGGGACCUGAAGAUGAUGACGGACAUGGUGGGAAACCCAGAGGAGGAGAGGCGGGCGGAGUUCUACCACCAGCCAUGGUCCCAGGAGGCUGUUAGCCGCUAUUUCUACUGUAAGAUCCAGCAACGAAGACAAGAGCUGGAGCAGGCCCUGGCUGUGCGCAACACCUAAACCCUUCCCCGGGGAAACAGCGGCACUCCCCACUUCUGUCCUCCCCCAACUCCCAGUUCUGGCGGGAUGCCCUCCCGUGUCUGCUAUUUUUGUUCGUUUGUCAUUUCUACUCAUUGUAGUGACCUGCUGUGACCUCUAACCUGUGACCUGUGACCAAUCACACGUGUCCUGUUUUUCGGGGCCACUUCUGAAACCAAGCCGUGACACAUGAACACCACUUUGUGUCAGCCAACCCCCCCUCCAAAGCUCGCAGGAUCACAGAAAACACCUCCUCCUCCCCCCUUUGUCCCAUCACACCUUCAAGACGUCCUGGAUCUCCAGUCUUUCGUACACCUGAGGUUUUAAAAUAUCAAAUACCUGCAUUUCCAGCAGAGCCACAGAGACCUUUAAACAUCAAAACCAUUAUCUGUAUGAACUGUACAGUUUUCUUUGAACCGUUUGGAUGCAGAUGGUGUUGUUCUCACCCUGAAGCAUGCUGGUACAUUUCCCGACCAGACUUUUGACACCAGGGCGCAAUUAGCGAAGAGGAAGGCACUAAAGCCGUCCUCACUGAGGGGAACCCCACGGUGUUUGAGCCACGGCGUCCGCUGCCUGUGCUGUUGACAGUGUCAGUAUUCACUAGUGUCAGUGUUGAGAUCGCAGCGUUGAAGCCACAGUAUUGUGAGACCUGCAGUAUUGUGUCUAUGCUGUUUCUUAGAGCUCCUGACCCUCUGUCAAAAAACUGUCCCUAUUUGUCACUUAACCACGCAUGUCUGUAAACCUCACAAUAUAGUAGUUUGGGAUACACAGACUGGACUAGCUGGUCAGCCAGUCACAGGCAGUUAGAUUGAUGGGGAGGUCUUAUGGGUUUUGUAUAUAGUUGAGAUUGUGAGCAUUCUCUGCCCAAACAGGAGAUAUAUCUUUUUAUAAUUUUUUUUAUCCAACCCACCUUCAAAAGCAGGGUCUCCCCACUAAAUACACACUGAUGGAGACAAAUGGAAAUUAGAACACACUACAUAACCAUACCUGCCAGUAACAGUAAGCAUACAGAGAAAGAUCCUUUUCUCGAGUCUGCAGCAGAAUGAUACAAGAAUAUGUGAAGUGGUGGAGCAGUAAUAACCACCAGCCUCAAGGGGGAGCCUGUGUGUCCGCAUUGCCUUUAUCUGCAGUGGCGAUGCUGCACCUUACACUCAAAGAGGUCCCUCACUGCCCACUAUGGAUGGAUUUAAUAGCGUGGCCAACGGCCUGUAUUUUUUAAUGGCACGACCCACAUCAUCACCAAUUGACCUUUCAGUGACACCCCGGCACCAGAUGCCCCUGAAUUCAAUCCCCGCCUAAUAUCCCCAGCUGAGUCAUACCAAAGACUUUAAAAAUGGCACCCGCGGUGUCUCCUUGCUGGGGUGGGGGCCCCGUGGCAAACCCGCACACCAGGGAGCGUGUCAUGCCACAGAAACGGGGGGGGGGGGGUGUGGUUUAAACGAGCGGCGACCCUAACGGCAGCCCACAGCAGCUGGGAAUGGCCGUCGUAGCUGUCACAGAAAAGGGAAACGGACUGGAGUGGAGUCCGCUUCUGGAGAGCACUUCUACGCCACCAGCAGCCUGUGUGAAAAGAGGGCUUUUUAUCCUCUUUUAUUUCAUGUCGUAGAACCCCCCCUCCCCCAACGUCCUCAUGCUUAGAAGAAUUUAAAAAAUACUCAAGGACACCUGUUUCUUUCAGCUCCCGAGACUUCUCAGUUAGCUGAAUUUCAAAAGGCUGCGCUGCACUAAAUUGUGUGACUGCGUUUCAUUUCAAACAGUCAUUGAAUACCUUGGCUUCAAGGUAGGGGGCCAGGGGGUAGGACAAGGAGGGCUUGAGCCGCUGCCCUUUUGAUCCUAAAGUCUGAAAGAGUAAGUGCCCUUUCCAGUCAGAUUGAUCUUCUCUGAGCCCCUGCCCUUCAGAAAGUCCCUCCAGGGCCCUGCUUGGCUUAAAGCUUUAGGAGUGCUCUGCCAGCUGACAUAUGGCCCGAGUGUUGUACUGCAAAACACUGAGCCGGUGUUUUGAGACUUUUGUGCGUUAGUUAGGGCAUCAGAAGGGAUGUCAGGGUCGGUGAGGGACGUUAGUACACCGACGGAGGCCGUUGCUUACUUCACCAUGUCUCUGUGCUACCUGGUUGACGAGUCACUUAUUUUACCACUUGUCUUCAUAUUGCCAGGUCUAAGUCUCACCGAUGGCUGUCGUUCGAGUUCACUGACAAGCUCACUGUACAGACAGGUCACCAUUUCAAGCAUUUUUCAAA